ACUUGGAGGAGUUGCGAGGGCCGCCGACCGCCGCCUCCGCACGGGCUUAAAGGGGCCAAGUUCCCAGGGAUCCGGACCACCACCUCCUCCUCCUCCUCCUCCUCCUCCUCCUCCUCCUCCUCUUCUUCUUCUUCUUCUUCCUCCUCCUCUUCCUCCCCCUCCUCCCCCUCGCUGCCCUGCGGGUGGGGGAGGAGGCCUGGGGUGGGCCGGUCCUGUCCCCUGUCCCGUCCGGUCCUGUCCGGGGGAGGGGGAUCCGGUCCCCGGGGGGGUGGGUCUUCCCUAAUCUCCGCCGGGGUUAAAGGUCUGGGCCCGGGGAGAUGCUGGCAGCUGCGGCCGGAGUCCCAGCGCCCCGGGAGGAGCCGUGCCCGCCGCCCCUAGUCCUGUUCCUGCCCCUGUCCCUACCCCUGGUCCCGGCCCUGGCCCGGCCCCCCACCCCCAGCCGGGGCCAUGUUGGGCCCGGCCUGGCCCUGCCUGCUGCUGCCCCUGUUGCCCCUGCUGCCCCCCGCCUCGGCCGAGGCCUUCUGGGAGGCCAAGAACGUGUCCCAGAAGGAGGGCAAGUUUGAGGUGGCCUACACGGACUCCGUCAACAGCGAGCUGGUCAACAUCUACUCCUUCAACCACACCGUCACCCGAAACAGGACGGAGGGCGUGCGGGUGUCCGUGAACGUCCUGUCCAAGCGUCCGGAGGCCCCCGUGCUGUUUGUGGUGCGGCAGAAGGAGGCCGUGGUGUCUUUCCAGGUGCCGCUGAUCCUACGCGGGCUCUUCCAGCGGAAGUACUUGUACCAGGAUGUGGGGCGCACGCUGUGCCAGCCGCCUACCAAGCGGGAGGUCGAGCUCCAGAACUUCUUCGUGGACGUGUCCACCCUGGCCCCCAGCAACACGGCCUACCAGCUGCGCAUCAGCCGCGUGAAGAACUUUGUGCUUAGGACUGGGGAGCUGUUCAACUUCAACACCACAGCGGCUCAGCCCCAGUUCUUCAAGUACGAGUUCCCCCCGGACGUGGAUUCGGUGAUCGUGAAAGUGACCUCCCAAACAGCCUUUCCCUGCUCCGUCAUCUCUGUCCAAGAUGUCCUGUGCCCCGUCUACGAUCUGGAUAACAACGUGGCCUUCAUCGGCAUGUACCAGACCAUGACCAAGAAAGCCGCCAUCACCGUCCAGCGGAAGGACUUCUCCAGAAGCAACAGUUUUUACGUGGUGGUGGUGGUGAAGACGGAGGACCAGGCCUGCGGUGGUGCCCUCCACUACUACCCGCUGGGAGAAGACAAACCGGUCGAUCAAGGGCACCGCCAGAAAACCCUGUCCGUGGUGGUGUCGCCGGCGGUCACGUCGGAAGCAUAUGUCCGGGGUGUCCUCCUCUGCUUGGGCAUCUUUCUCUCCUUCUACCUGCUUACCGUGCUGCUGGCCUGCUGGGAGAACUGGAGGCAGAGGAAGAGGGGGCUGCAGCUGACCUUGGAUGGACACUGCUCAGAGAGUGACUCUCUCCUUGGUCACCACCGGGUCAUGCCUGACUGCUUCCCUGGCUGCUCCCCAUAUGAGGGUUACAGCUACGGCUCCUUCGAGAACUGCUCCAGCUCCACGGAAGGGCUGCUGGACAGCUCGGGCACCGCCGACGUCCCCUACACCUAUGCGGGCUCCGAGCAAUUCAAACGGCGCUUCCCCUUGACCCCGAUGCGGCAGCUGUGCAUUGGCAUGGACCGGUCCCUGGAGCCUCUGGGCACCCGCCCGCGGCUGGAGUCGCUCAGCUCCGUGGAGGAGGAUGACUACGACACGCUGACCGACAUCGAGUCCGACAAGAACGUCAUCCGCACCAAGCAAUACCUGUACGUGGCAGACCUGGCCCGGAAAGACAAGCGAGUUCUACGCAAGAAAUACCAGAUCUACUUCUGGAACAUCGCCACCAUCGCCGUCUUCUACGCGCUCCCUGUGGUGCAGCUGGUGAUCACAUACCAGACGGUGGUGAAUGUGACUGGGAAUCAGGACAUCUGCUACUACAACUUCCUCUGUGCCCACCCUCUGGGGAACCUAAGCGCCUUCAACAACAUCCUCAGCAAUCUGGGCUACAUCCUGCUGGGCCUCCUCUUCCUGCUCAUCAUUCUCCAGCGCGAGAUCAACUACAACCGCGCCCUGCUGCAGAGCAACCUGCAAGCUCUGGAGUGUGGGAUCCCCAAGCAUUUCGGGCUGUUCUACGCCAUGGGCACGGCACUCAUGAUGGAGGGGCUGCUCAGCGCCUGCUACCACGUCUGCCCCAACUAUACCAACUUCCAGUUCGACACCUCGUUCAUGUACAUGAUCGCGGGCCUCUGCAUGCUGAAGCUGUACCAGAAGCGGCACCCUGACAUUAAUGCCAGCGCUUACAGCGCCUACGCCUGCCUGGCCAUUGUCAUCUUCUUCUCCGUGCUCGGCGUGGUGUUCGGCAAAGGCAACACGGCAUUCUGGAUCGUCUUCUCCGUCAUCCAUAUCACGGCUACACUCCUACUCAGCACGCAGCUCUACUACAUGGGCCGCUGGAAGCUCGGGCCAAGGACUGAGGGCUGCCGUUGCCCCGUAGACUCGGGCAUCUUCCGCCGCAUCCUCUACGUGUUGUACACAGACUGCUUCCGCCAGUGCAGCGGACCCCUGUAUGUGGACCGCAUGGUGCUUCUGGUCAUGGGCAACAUCAUCAACUGGUCCCUGGCCGCUUAUGGACUGAUCAUUCGCCCCAAUGACUUUGCCUCCUACCUGCUGGUCAUUGGCAUCUGUAACCUCCUCCUCUACUUCGCCUUCUACAUCAUCAUGAAGCUCCGUAGCGGGGAGCGCAUCAAACUGAUCCCAGUGCUGUGCAUCGUGACCACGUCCGUCGUGUGGGGCUUUGCUCUCUAUUUCUUCUUCCAGGGCCUCAGCACCUGGCAGAAAACCCCAGCUGAGUCCCGAGAACACAAUCGCGACUGCAUCCUGCUCGACUUCUUCGAUGACCACGACAUCUGGCACUUCCUCUCCUCCAUCGCCAUGUUCGGCUCCUUUCUGGUGCUGCUGACCCUGGACGAUGACCUGGACACAGUGCAGCGGGACAAGAUCUACGUGUUUUAGCCGAAGCUCGGCCCCCUUCUCUCGCCCUGCCAGGAUGCGGUGGCUCAGAGCCGGGACUGGGCUGGAUCGGCCCGUCCCUGUCCCCCGCUGUGGUGGCAGGAGAUGGGGGUCUCCCUGAGGGGCACUGCUCUCUGCCCCUCCCCUGGACUCCGCCCCCCAGUGUUGGGGGUCUGGACCUUAGCUCCCGGACAUAAGCCCCCUCCCCCCAUCCCGGGGGGAGGCAGAGAGGUCCUGCUCCGCGCCCCGCCCCCCCCCCCGCCUUUUUGAAGGGGGGGCCAGCAGGAGGACUUUUGCUGCUGCUGCUGCUGCUGUUGCCGUCCUGAGCCGGACUCUCGCUAAGUAGGGGAGAAAAAAGAAUGCGGGCACCCGAGGACUCCUCUCUCCCUGUUUCCUUAAUGGAGUUGAGGGGGUCCUGGUUUGGGUCCAGAUUGGGAGGGGGGCAAUCUGCAGAGCUUUCAGGACAGCUGGGGCUCUUGGUGGGAAAUGGAAUUGGCGGGGGUGGAGGCGGCCCUGAGCCGACGAAGGGCAGGGGGCUGUGGCUCUCCUGUUAGCCUCCCCCUCCUCUUUCCCAGUUUCUUGCAGUGCCAUCUCGUGGGGGAUGGGUCUCCCCUCUGGGGAGUCUCCCCCAUCCCCCCAACGCAGUGCCUGUCUCCCCGGGGGGGCGGGGGGGCCUUCACUCAUGGCCAUGCCCCCCCACCCCCCUGAUUGGGGAAGCCGAUGGGGGUGGGGGGCGGAGUUGGCCGGCUCCUCGAGUUUAGCCCAACUCCCCGCCCCCGUCAGUGUUGGGGCCCAGCCCCCUUCCCCGGUUUACAGGGAGCCGUUGCCCCGCACCCCAGGACAGCGUCGCUCUUCCCCCAGUCCUGUUUUUACAACGUCUGGUUGGGGCAGGGCAAGAGGGCUGUUUUUCACAACCCCGGUUUCUGUGUGCGUGGGCUUUGGGCGUCUGUUUUCUAUGAACAAUUCUGCUCUCAUUAAAGGAACAAACAGA